GCUUCCUUUACCUCCACUCAUCCCAGCAGCCUUUAAUUUCAGCCCAUUAUGUAUCGACCAGUCACAGAGUCCCGUUCAUCUUUGCCAGUAUGGGUGAUUGCGCUGUCUGUAUUUGGAGUGCUAGCAAUCCUUGGAGUAACUAUUGGUCUCUUGGUUCAUUUUCUGGCAGUAGAAAAUAGGACUUACUACUAUAAAGGUAGCUUUAAAGUGCUGAAUAUUCCAUAUGACAGAAAUUAUGAAAGGGAGACAUCACCAGAAAAUAACUAUCUUAGUAAAAUCAUCGAAACUAAAAUGACUGAUGCAUUUCAAAGUUCAAACAUUUACAGACAAUAUAUCAAUUCUCAAGUCAUCACACUUGUGCCUGAUAACAACAGUGUGACCGCACAUAUCUGGCUGGUUUUCAAGGAUGCUAGGUCAAGGAAAGAAAAUACAAAAAGAAGAAUUGAAACCAUCUUACAUCAGAUGCUGAAGAACAACUCAAGACCCUUGACUACAGACUCGAAUUCUCUUAGGCUUGAGGAAAUCAGUAAAGUUGAUGCUGAGAAGAUAAUUAACAGCCGUUGUGGGAGACGCGCGAGGAUGUCCGCUACCUACGACCGGAUCAAAGGCGGUUCCACGGCCCAGGAGGGAGAGUGGCCUUGGCAAGCCAGCCUCAGGAUGAACGGCAGGCACUACUGCGGGGCCACGCUGAUCAGCGGGCGGUUCCUGCUGACGGCCGCCCACUGCUUCCAGAAGUCCAACAAUCCAAGAAACUUUACUGUUAGCUUUGGCACUAGAGUAACUCCACCCUACAUGCAGCAUUCUGUUCAACAAGUCAUUAUUCAUGAAGACUACAUCAAGGGUGCACAUCACGAUGAUAUUGCAGUGAUAAUGCUCAAGGAAGAAGUUUUAUUUAAGAAAGAUGUCCAUCGAGUUUGCCUCCCGGAAGCCACACAGGAUUUUCCGCCAGGGGAAGGAGUCGUUGUUACAGGAUGGGGUGCGCUUUUCCAUGACGGUAAAUACCCACUGCUGCUUCAGAAAGCACCUGUGAAAAUCAUCGAUACCAAGGCCUGUAAUGCCAAGGAAGCUUACAAUGGCAUGAUCCUGGGCACCAUGCUUUGUGCUGGGUACAUGGAAGGCAAUAUCGACGCCUGCCAGGGUGAUUCUGGAGGACCACUGGUUCACCCCAAUUCUCGAGAUAUUUGGUACCUUGUUGGAAUCGUAAGCUGGGGAUUUGAAUGUGGCCAUGUAAACAAGCCAGGGGUCUACACUCGAAUGACGGCCUAUCGCCGCUGGGUUGCCUCCAAGACUGGUAUCUAAGCAAACAAACAAACAAAAACAACACUCGGCAAAUGCAGGUCAAUUUUGGCAGUUAUUCCUACUUAAUAUGCUUUCAAAAUUAGUGUUUACAUGGCUGCUGUUUGUUUAAAAGGUUUAUGUACAAGAAGUAUUAUUUGCAUUCUUUUCAUUAAACAGACUUAACCAGACAAAAUAAGAAAUCUCAGUUUGGGGUCCAGAAAGGCCUAAGUAAAAUAAAUAAAUAAAUAAAAUAGUCUUAUCCAAAAUACUAGUACAGGGAAGUGGUGACAUG